AAAAGAAAAGGAAAAUAAAUCGGGAGAAGGCGACACCAGUCCCACUAGCAACAGGUUGGGCCAUCUUCUUCCCCACAUUCUGCAUUUUCCCAAUAGCUUUUCCCCUCUCUCUCUCUCUAAACAUUCUCCAAUUAACCCUAUUUCUCAGUUCUCCCCUCUCUCACUAGUGGCUCCACUUUCACUUCCACACCAUUCUUUUCCUCUUCCUCCUCUCGAUUCCAGCUACACUGUGUUAAUUAAUGGCUGCUUUCGUGCUUAUGGCUCUCCUUCUGGCCAUCACUGGCCACUCCAGCGCGUCGUGGUGCGUGUGCAAGGACGGGUUAAGUGACCCAGUGCUGCAGAAGGCGCUAGACUACGCAUGCGGAGCCGGGGCAGACUGCAACCCGAUCCAUCAAAACGGACCAUGUUUCCAACCCAACACCGUUAAAGCUCACUGCAGCUACGCCGCCAACAGCUAUUUCCAGAAAAACCGCCAGCAACCCACCGCCUGCAAUUUUGAAGGCGCUGCAACUAUCUCCGCUUCCGACCCUAGCAUAUCUGGUUGUGCGUAUCCGGCAACAGCAAGUUCCUCCACCACUGUGACUCCGGUCUCUGGGACAACUGGCAACUCCCCUGGCAUGAUAAAUCCUAGCACCGGUGGCGGUGUACUAGGAGGAAACCCCGGUCUAGGCCCGUCGGGCAUGAACCCCAACACCGACUUAAGUGAUGCAGGGAUCCGUCUCUCCAACGCCUUCUUCCACUGCUUCUGUGUGGUCAUCGCCUUCUCGGCACUUGUUUUCUCGUGAGCUUGAAUACAGCGGCAAUGGUGCUCGGAUAGGUUGCUUCAAGAUUCGUGUAUGGAUGAUGAUGGUCAAGAAAUUAAGGAUUUUGAGGCAGCUUUUGGUUUUUGUCCCUGCCUCUCUCACUCUUCUAUAUAGUGUAAAACUUGAUGGGAUGUUCAUUCUUUUUUUGAGUUUGUACUAGUUUUUAGUAGAGUAGUACUCCACUAUCUAUUUGCAGAUUGCAA